AUGAAAAGCAGGGCAAGCACCGCCGAACGGUCAACUGAGGCCGCCAACGAGUCGAAUCCGAAUGGCUUUGUCACUAAACGCAAGAUUGACGGCGAGCGACGGUCCAUCCGCCACUAUAGCGACGGCCGAGUAUCAGAGCGCAGUGCAAGUGUCGAACCUGCCCCCCGAACAAGAGCUAGCACGAGAGCCAGCACGAGAAACAGCUCAAGGAGCUGUUCUAGAAACGACACAUGCAACACCACAAGAGCCAGCAGCCACAUGGGGCCUUUCAUCUCGCGCCGUUCGAGCUUUGCCGAUCGUCCGCCUUCAGCUUUUCAGUCCAAGCUCUCUGACCUGGCUGCUGAGAUUUCUGCCGAGGUAGCCAGGUUCUCUGCUGAUAAGCCGGGCUCUGCAUCGGCAGAGAGACUCCGGACGACAUGGAGCAAUGUAAGGAGUGGGAAGGCCACUCCAAAGAAUACCAUCCAUUCAUCUGGUGCCAGUGUGGCUAGCUCGAAUUGCAGCACCAGGACAGGGGGGUCUGUUCUUGAUAGGAUAGCGGAUAUCGAAGAUCGAGUGAGGAGGCAGAAUGUAUGGCUCAAGCCUGUACUGGAGGGAGACGAGUAG